GUCGAAAUUGUAAACAAUGAAAGAAAUUACCAAGUUCAGAUUGAAACGUUAUACAUUGCCUGAAAAGACAAAGCCGUAUGCUAUGUACAAGGAUCUCACGAAAAGAGAGGUCGGCUACCUUAUGUGUUACUUCCUAGGACUACGCGAAGACGUAACACUUGCAUUCAUAUAUGCUAUGUCUCAUUUUACACAAUUUGCUGGGCAAGGUGAUGUGUUACGAAAGAAGGGGGGUAGAUAUGUCUAUGGUCAUCUGGUGGUGUCAACCAGCCCUCAGAUGGUAAAAUGUAGGCAUGCAGCAGGAAGCAAAAGACGUUGAAGUGAAGAAGAAACAGAGAACAAGGAAAACGAAAAAGAAAAGGACUGUGGACGAACGACAAGCAUAAGCUACAUGCACUUCAAAGCAAUUAAUCAGGCACUACAUGAGUGCUUCAAGCAUCAGCUAAAGGCACCAAAAAAAAGGUUCACUAGGGCAGGUUCACCAGCUGGAAUCCAUAAAAUACCGUUUACACUGAAUGCAAAAUACAGAAUGCACCAUACAAUGUCAAUAACUAAAUCAAUAAAACCACUGGAAAGUAUAUACAGCAUACUAUUUCUAGCUACAAUUUCUUAAACCUAGAUGGAAAUCAUAAAAACAGAGUUGCAGGUACCUGUACAUAAGACAUUCUCAAAUUAGUGGUUUUCUAAAGGAGUUCAUCUAUAUCAGCAGAUCUGUU